AUGCCCUAUAUUAUUAUACGUUACAAAUUUUAUGUGCACCGUGACGAGGUUAUCGGCCAAAAGGAAAACACAAAAGUAAGUUCUUGCCUAAAUUAUGGACAUGCGUGCUGGGGUGCUCAUGGAAAAAGAAGUGGAAAUCCUAUUCCACAAGAGCCCAGUGAACUUCCCAGAGCUAUGAACACACGAUGGUUUCUUUCAAAAUUAGUACAAAGUCCUAUUGAUUUUCGCUACUUCAGGGAUAUUGAUUUUGAUAUGGCUGCCAGGAACAAUCCCGAACAACUAUUUUCAGCUGACGAGAUUGAUGCUAAAAGCGGUAAUAUUGUUUCAAAUUCUUCGGCUUCGUCGACUACUGACAGUGAUGAGUAUCAGUUUUUAUUAACAGACUCUGAUCAUGGGGAACUAUCAGAUGGGGAUUCAGAUAAUUUAAAUAAAACAGGACUACGAAACGAUGAAACAAUGAAUUUAAAAUCAUUUUUAUCUAGUUGGGCACUACAAUAUAACGUUUCACAUGUGGCAGUAAACGAUCUUUUAAAAUACUUAAAAAAACUACAUCCUGAAUUACCAUCUGAUCCCAGGACACUUCUUAACACAGAUAGAACGGUAAUUACAAAAUCAAUGGAUCCUGGAGAAUAUCAUCAUUUUGGUGUAGAAACUUGUAUUAAAUAUUUAAUAAAUAGUUCAUCUUCCUUUUUCAAAAAUAAAAAUUUAAUUGAUUUAAAUAUCAAUGUGGAUGGUUUGCCUAUAUCGAAAAGUAGUUGUAGUCAGGUAUAUCCCAUAUUGUGUAGACUUAGUGGAACCUCAAUGGUAGACAUGAUUGGUAUUUACUGGGGCAAUGAAAAACCUAAAGAUGCUAAUAAUUUUUUAGAGGACUUUGUAAAUGAACUUAUUUACAUAAUCAAUAACAAUAUAAUUAUAAAUGGAAAAACAUAUCAUGUAAGAAUGAAAGCUUUUAUCUGUGAUGUUCCAGCAAAGGCUUUCAUUACUUAUAGCAAAGGUCAUACUGGUUAUGAUUCAUGUAGUAAAUGUUAUAUAAGAGGAGAAUAUAAAGACAAAAGAAUUUGUUUUCCAUAUUUAUAUAAUUUAAGUUUAAAAACAGUAUAUAAUGGAUCAUCAAUUUUGAAGAAUAUACCCAACAUUAAUUUAAUUAAUAAUUUUCCACUUGAUUAUAUGCAUUUGAUAUGUUUGGGAGUUGUGAAAAAAAUUCUUUUAAUAUGGUGUUGUGGCAAGCCAUCUUUAAAACUAACGCAACGACAAAUUUCAAAUAUUUCUACAUCACUAAUAGCUACCCAAAAGUUUAUUCCAAAAGAAUUUAACAGAAAGCCACGAAGUUUAAAUGAGGUAAAGAGAUGGAAAGCAUCAGAAUUUAGACAAUUUUUAUUUUAUACUGGUCCCACAGUAUUGAAAAAAGAACUAAGUGAAGAUUAUUAUUUAAAUUUCUUAGUUUUACAUUUAGCUUGCACAAUUUUGUCAAGUAAUAACUAUUUUGAAUACCUUGACUAUGCCCAUGACUUAUCAACAUAUUUUGUUAAAACUUUUAAACAGUUAUAUGGACCUCAUCAUGUUUUUCACAAUGUUCAUAAUUUGCUUCAUCUCACCAAUGAUGUAAAAAAUCAUGGCCCUCUGGAUAACUUUUCUUCAUUCCCUUUUGAAAAUUAUUUACAAUCAAUCCUUAAAUCUAUACGUAAGAAAGAAAAGCCAUUAUCUCAAAUUGUUAAAAGACAUAAUGAGAAAAGAAAGCAACUUAUUUCUAAAAAUGUAGAGACCCUUGAGUAUCCUCUUUUACAAAAUAUUCAUGAAAAUGGUAUAACACUGAACAUGAAUUAUGAAAAUCAAUUCAGAAAAAUUUUGUUUCAAACUUUUUCUCUAGAAAUUAGUGAGCCAAAUAACUGUUGCCAACUUAAAGAUCAAAGCAUAAUCAUAAUUAAAAAUAUAUUAUCCACCAAAAAAGGAACUGUCUUAGUAGAUAAUUAUCUGGCAGCCCGUGCCAAGUGCCGAAUAGCUGAGGAAACCAGCGAUAUACCAUCAGAAAAUGAAAACCUGGGGAAGAGGAAGAGAAAACAAAAAACUCUUUCCUCAGAUGAGGAAUCAUCUACUGAACUAUCAAAGUUAUCUUCACCACCUAGUUAUAAAAGACAACCCAUAGAAAGAGGCACAACAACAAAAGACAUAAAUGUUAUUUUACCUUCUCCAUCGGUGGACACUGCACAGGCAUCAGAACAGAGCCAGAAUGAUGAGAGAACUCUUAUACAAUCAAUUUUAACGCAGACAAAUGUGGUUAAGUACAUGGUAAGCGAUGUUCUGCAGGAAAUAAAACAAGUUAAUAAAAUUUCUGAUGUUCUGCCUGAACAGCCAUCACAAACUCUAGCCACAAGAAUAAAAGAUGUCGUAAAGCUUCCAUUAGAUGACACUGAAAGCUUAGAAAAAUUUAAUGAAGCGUUAGACGAAAUAACAUUAUACAAUAUUGCUGUGAAUGAUCUUGCCAAGUUAGGUGGAAGAGGCAUAGAUGAUUUUAUUAAAAGAGCAUGUCUCACAUUGCUAACACACAAAGUUGGAGCUGAAUAUAGCUAUUAUGGCAAAAAAGGAAAGAAGCCUUUUUUAAACCUAAAUGUGGCUAAAGUUUUAAUAGAACCAGUGAUCAUUUCCACCAUUUUCAAGUGGUUUCAUUAUUUACAGAUGCAGCCGAAAAAGCAAAAGUUGCCGGUUCAACAAAAGAAACGGAAAUUGCAUUAA